AUGGGGCAGCAUGAUGUGCCAGCAGUACCGCUGAUUGAGGAGGUUCCUGUUGAUGCUAUAGUUGAUGAGUAUGAUGAGCAGAAGGAAAGGAAACAGGAUAAUGUCGAGACUGCCGAGAAGCAAUCAGGUGAGAACCAAAUCGCCGACGAAGCUGGAUCAUCGUCUGCUCUAUUCACGUCAGUGUACAACCACCCUGACGUUCCGGACCCUUUCCUCAUCGACGACGACGACGAGAAGAGCUCCGACAAUGAUGGGUCGCCGCAACUUUCUGCCUCGCGGCAAAGUAUAACACCUGCCGAAGAAAUUCCCCUUGCAGCUUCACUAGCUUCUCCCUUGUUGAACAUUAACAAGGAUGUGCCACCACCCCCACCCGCACAAGUAGACAUCGACCCAGAUGAAGAGGAAGCACCGGACUUGUAUCUACCGGGACUUGUGCUACCCACGAUGUUCUUACCUAUCCCGAAUACUGAUCCUUUGACUACUCUUCUCACCAAAUAUAUUUAUCCACCUGAUAAGCGUCCCUUUCGAGAUUCAACUGGCGAGUGGCAGCACACCAAUUUCCAUACCCUCGUCAUGACGAACAGCUGGAGGGCGCUUGCGAGAAUGGCUCGCGAUAGACUCGUUACUGCAGACCCAGAAGACUUAACCUCAAUUUUGGGGCUUUGGUAUCUACGCUUGGCGUGUCUUGCUCGUCUCCGCCUCUUCAACCAAACAUCAGCGGAAUGUACCAAUCUAUUUUCUGUCUUGAACGGCAUUGCGCCACCUUCAGCGCGGGAGUGGGUCUUUGAGCGGAUUCUUCCAUUCGAGCUGGAAGUCAUGCAUGCGCGUCUUAAAUACUGGGCGGGCGAUCAUAUAGGGUAUCUUGAUCUAUUGAGUUCACUCCUGGGCAAAUGCCGGCUCAAAUCACGUACAUCGAAGAACGACCCGACGUCCGUCGCGAUGUGGAAAGAACGUGGAGCAAGAUUGGCGUUGAUUAUGGCUUCUCAGCUGAUGGAAAUGAAUGAUUUUGGUGCAGCGACAAGGCUGCUGGAACCAUUGUGUAAUCAAAAAGCAUCAGCAUCGCCUGCGCUGCGUUCUACUAUUGCUAGAAUUUAUUUACAAGCGGGACAAAUCGAUAUGGCCACAAAACAUUUCUCUAUCGUUGCCGUGGAUCCGUCUGUGGACGCCUCGGCGAAAGACUUGAAUGCAGCUUUGUUGGCUUCAGCGCAUGGUCAAUGGGAACGAGCCAGCCAGACCUUGAGGAGGAUUUUAGAAAGGGACGCCGAGAAUUAUGCCGUGGUGAAUAAUUUGGCGGUAACACUUCUGGGACGAGGAAAACUUAAAGAGGGUAUCGAUGUGCUGGAAAAGGCAUUGAAGACGUCUCCAUCAAGUGUUGUGGUUGCUGAACCAUUUCUCUUCAAUCUGUCUACACUUUACGAGCUACGGUCUGCCACUGGAGCGGAUAAGAAGAGAGACCUCCUUGUCGAAGUUGCACAGUGGAGCGGAGAUGGACUUAGGACAACAUGUUUGAAGAUGCCUACGAAUUGA